AUGAGCCGGCCCCCGCCGACGGGGAAAAUGCCCGGCGCCCCCGAGGACGUGCCGGGGGACGGGGCGGGCGCGAGCCGCCAGAGGAAGCUGGAGGCGCUGAUCCGAGACCCUCGUUCGCCCAUCAACGUGGAGAGCUUGCUGGAUGGCUUAAAUUCCUUGGUCCUUGAUUUGGAUUUUCCGGCCUUGAGGAAAAACAAGAAUAUAGAUAAUUUCUUAAAUAGAUAUGAGAAAAUUGUGAAAAAAAUCAGGGGUCUACAGAUGAAGGCAGAAGACUACGAUGUUGUAAAAGUUAUUGGAAGAGGUGCUUUUGGUGAAGUCCAGUUGGUUCGUCAUAAAGCAUCACAGAAGGUUUAUGCCAUGAAGCUUCUUAGUAAGUUUGAAAUGAUAAAAAGAUCAGAUUCUGCUUUUUUCUGGGAAGAAAGAGAUAUUAUGGCCUUUGCCAAUAGUCCUUGGGUGGUUCAGCUCUUUUGUGCCUUUCAAGAUGAUAAGUAUCUAUACAUGGUAAUGGAGUACAUGCCUGGUGGAGACCUUGUAAACCUUAUGAGUAACUAUGAUGUACCUGAAAAAUGGGCCAAAUUUUAUACUGCUGAAGUUGUUCUUGCUCUGGAUGCCAUACACUCCAUGGGCUUAAUUCAUAGAGAUGUAAAGCCUGACAACAUGCUUUUGGAUAAACAUGGACAUCUAAAAUUAGCAGAUUUUGGCACAUGUAUGAAAAUGGAUGAAACAGGCAUGGUGCAUUGUGAUACAGCAGUUGGAACACCUGAUUAUAUAUCACCUGAGGUUUUGAAAUCACAAGGGGGUGAUGGUUACUAUGGGCGAGAAUGUGAUUGGUGGUCUGUGGGUGUUUUCCUUUUUGAGAUGCUGGUGGGGGAUACUCCAUUUUAUGCAGAUUCACUUGUAGGAACAUAUAGCAAAAUUAUGGAUCAUAAAAACUCACUAUGUUUCCCUGAAGAUGCAGAAAUUUCUAAACAUGCGAAGAAUCUCAUCUGUGCCUUCCUAACAGACAGGGAGGUACGACUUGGGAGAAAUGGGGUAGAAGAAAUCAAACAACAUCCUUUCUUUAAGAAUGAUCAGUGGAAUUGGGAUAACAUAAGAGAGACGGCAGCUCCAGUAGUACCUGAACUCAGCAGCGACAUAGACAGCAGCAAUUUUGAUGACAUCGAAGAUGAUAAAGGAGAUGUAGAAACCUUUCCAAUUCCUAAAGCUUUUGUGGGAAAUCAGCUGCCUUUUAUAGGAUUUACCUACUACAGAGAAAAUUUGUUAUUAAGUGACUUUCCAUCUUGUAGAGAAAAUGAUUCAGUACAAUCAAGGAAAAAUGAAGAAAGUCAAGAGAUUCAGAAAAAACUAUACACAUUAGAAGAACACCUUAGCACUGAGAUACAAGCCAAAGAGGAGAUAGAGCAGAAGUGCAAAUCUGUUAAUACUCGCCUAGAGAAAGUAGCAAAGGAGCUAGAAGAAGAGAUUACCUUAAGGAAAAAUGUGGAAUCAGCAUUAAGACAAUUAGAAAGAGAAAAGGCGCUUCUUCAGCACAAAAAUGCAGAAUAUCAGCGGAAAGCUGAUCAUGAAGCAGACAAGAAACGAAAUUUGGAAAAUGAUGUUAACAGUUUAAAAGAUCAACUUGAAGAUUUGAAAAAAAGAAAUCAUAACUCUCAAAUAUCCACCGAAAAAGUGAAUCAACUUCAGAGACAACUGGAUGAAACCAAUGCUUUGCUGCGAACAGAAUCUGAUACUGCAGCCCGGUUAAGAAAAAGCCAGGCAGAAAGUUCAAAACAGAUUCAGCAGUUGGAAUCUAACAAUAGAGAUCUACAAGAUAAAAAUUGCCUCUUGGAGACUGCCAAGUUAAAACUUGAAAAGGAAUUUAUCAAUCUUCAGUCAGUUCUAGAAUCUGAAAGGAGGGACCGAACCCAUGGAUCAGAGAUAAUUAAUGAUUUACAAGGUAGAAUAUCUGGCCUAGAAGAAGAUUUAAAGAAUGGCAAAAUCUUAUUAACGAAAGUAGAGAUGGAGAAGAGACAACUACAGGAAAGAUUCACUGAUUUAGAAAAGGAAAAGAACAACAUGGAGAUAGAUAUGACAUACCAACUAAAAGUUAUACAGCAGAGCUUAGAACAAGAAGAAGCUGAGCAUAAAGCUACAAAAGCACGGCUGGCAGAUAAAAAUAAGAUUUAUGAAUCCAUUGAAGAAGCUAAAUCAGAAGCCAUGAAAGAAAUGGAAAAAAAGCUCUUGGAGGAAAGGACUUUAAAACAGAAAGUAGAGAACCUGUUGCUGGAAGCUGAGAAAAGAUGCUCUAUAUUAGACUGUGACCUCAAACAGUCACAGCAGAAAAUAAAUGAACUCCUUAAGCAGAAAGAUGUGCUGAAUGAAGAUGUUAGAAACUUGACAUUAAAAAUAGAGCAGGAAACUCAAAAGCGGUGCCUCACACAAAAUGACUUGAAGAUGCAAACACAGCAAGUCAACACACUAAAAAUGUCAGAAAAGCAGUUAAAACAAGAGAAUAAUCAUCUCAUGGAAAUGAAAAUGAACUUGGAAAAACAGAAUGCUGAACUUCGAAAAGAACGUCAAGAUGCAGAUGGGCAAAUGAAAGAGCUCCAAGAUCAGCUUGAAGCAGAACAGUAUUUCUCAACACUCUAUAAAACACAGGUUAGGGAACUUAAAGAAGAAUGUGAAGAAAAGACCAAACUUUGUAAAGAAUUACAGCAGAAGAAACAGGAACUACAGGAUGAAAGGGACUCCUUGGCUGCUCAACUGGAGAUCACCUUGACCAAAGCAGAUUCUGAGCAACUGGCUCGUUCAAUUGCUGAAGAACAGUAUUCUGAUUUGGAAAAAGAGAAAAUCAUGAAAGAGCUGGAGAUCAAAGAGAUGAUGGCUAGGCACAAACAGGAACUCAGUGAAAAAGAUGCUACAAUUGCAUCUCUUGAAGAAACUAAUAGGACACUAACUAGUGAUGUUGCCAAUCUUGCAAAUGAGAAAGAAGAAUUAAAUAACAAAUUGAAAGAUGCCCAAGAACAACUGUCAAGGUUGAAAGAUGAAGAGAUAAGUGCAGCAGCUAUUAAAGCACAAUUUGAGAAGCAGCUAUUAACAGAGAGAACACUCAAAACUCAAGCUGUGAAUAAGUUGGCUGAGAUCAUGAAUCGAAAAGAACCUAUCAAGCGUGGUAGUGAUACAGAUGUGCGGAGAAAAGAGAAGGAGAAUAGAAAGCUACAUAUGGAGCUUAAAUCUGAACGUGAAAAAUUGACCCAGCAGAUGAUCAAGUAUCAGAAAGAACUGAAUGAAAUGCAGGCUCAAAUAGCUGAAGAGAGCCAGAUUCGAAUUGAACUGCAGAUGACACUGGACAGUAAAGACAGUGACAUUGAGCAGCUGCGGUCACAGCUCCAGGCCUUACAUAUGGGAAUGGACAGUUCCAGUACAGGCAGUGGACCAGGGGAUGCUGAGGCAGAUGAUGGGUUUCCAGAAUCAAGACUAGAGGGAUGGCUUUCACUGCCUGUGAGAAACAAUACUAAGAAGUUUGGAUGGGUUAGAAAGUAUGUGAUUGUGAGCAGUAAGAAGAUUCUCUUCUAUGACAGUGAACAAGAUAAAGAACAUUCUAAUCCUUACAUGGUUUUAGAUAUAGACAAGUUGUUUCAUGUCCGACCAGUUACACAGACAGAUGUAUAUAGAGCAGAUGCUAAAGAAAUUCCAAGGAUAUUUCAGAUUCUGUAUGCCAAUGAAGGAGAAAGUAAGAAGGAACAAGAAUUUCCAGUGGAGCCAGUGGGAGAAAAGUCAAAUUAUAUUUGCCACAAAGGACAUGAAUUUAUUCCUACACUCUAUCAUUUCCCAACCAACUGUGAGGCUUGUAUGAAGCCAUUGUGGCAUAUGUUCAAACCUCCUCCUGCUUUAGAGUGCCGUCGCUGCCAUAUUAAAUGUCAUAAAGAUCACAUGGACAAAAAGGAGGAGAUUAUAGCACCUUGCAAAGUGUAUUAUGAUAUUUCAACGGCAAAGAAUCUGUUGAUACUAGCAAAUUCUACAGAAGAGCAGCAAAAGUGGGUUAGUCGGUUGGUGAAAAAGAUACCUAAAAAGCCUCCAGCUCCAGACCCUUUUGCACGGUCAUCUCCUAGAACUUCAAUGAAGAUACAACAAAACCAGUCUAUUAGACGGCCAAGUCGACAGCUUGCCCCGAAUAAACCAAGCUAACUGCCUUCUAUGAAUGCAGUCAUUAUUCAUGGUGGUCCUAUUCUUCCAGUUAAAACAAGACUCAAAUAUGAUGGCCCAAAAUUUAUUAAAAAGUUGUAUUUUCCUGAGAGACUGAUACACAUACAUAUGCAUAUUCUCUUUAUUUCUGCAAUAUAAAUUAUAAACCUUGGAGAGAUGUUUCUAGGCUCCUUUGGAGCAACAGGUUGAACCAACAGUGAUUGGUUAAUAGAGUAAGAAAUCAUAUGCAACUCUUCCAAACUUGUUCCCUAAAGCUCUCUUGCCAGUCACUCACACUACAUUGCACAAAAGGAUUGAGAAGAGUAAAAGAAAUCUUUUCAGCUUCAGCAGAGAGAUUUCACCAGCAUAUUCACCAGAAGAAUCUGGGAACGGAUUUCACUACAGUGAUAUAGACUGCAUCUUUAAGAAGUGACCAUUAUACUGUGUGUGUUUGUGUGUGUGUGUGUGUGUGUGUGUGUGUACACACACAUAUAUAUAUAGUACUGUAAUACUGCAAGAGGGUCUUUUAAACUUCCCACUUUAUUUUUUUAUACUCAUUAAUCAGAUAUCAUUACUACAGUUGCAACUAUGCACUUGUAUAAAGCCAUACUGUUGGGGUUUAGUUCAUUUAUCCCUGUGCACCUGAUGGAGCUGCAUGUUCAUGUUACUGUAACAAAGUUUGAACUGAAUUAUGUGUCUCCUAAUGCUUCAUGAUAGGCAACAUGACCUAUUUUGAAUGCCUUAAUUUAAUUUUUU